AGCCUUCCCUUCUGUGCCGGUCCUUGUGAAUCGUGCUUCACCUGCAUCCUGGAUCUGCUUCCGGCGUCUGUGUGAUGGGCCGCACGGUUGACGGACGACCUGCGACCACAUCAAUCUCUCCAGCACUGGCUCUCUCCCCGCUUUGCUGUCCCUGACCUCACCAGAAUCUUAAUCCUGCAUUGGACGAGAGCCGUGUAGCUCUGCACAAACUUUUGGCCGAUUGUCUCUGGACCAUUUGGGGCAGAGACUCGACAGGACGCCAGCUUCCCGCGACUCGCGUUACCUCGCUCUUGACCAGACGGGAUGACCUCCGUAGGGUCAAGCCACACAGGCAUCGGAGUACAUCGACGAAAGACUAGUCGAGAUGAGGAUGAUAACGUGCUGGUCUUUCCUGCCGAUGACCAGUCUACUCCAAGUGUAUCGCUCGCUCCACCACCCAAGGGCAAUAGAGUUGAUGCUCGCACAAACGGUCCUGGCGACGAGCACGAUGCGUCCGGUUCGCAUUUGACCAGCUUCAAAGCAGAGGCUGUACCGCAGGCAAACGGGGGUGAACACGGAGGCUGGGGUGCACGGGCGCACUCUGCAGGCUCGCGGAGUCGCGUCACUUCGGUGCCAGCGGUGCCUUCGCCGCUGAACGGUCAGUUCCCUGCGCAACGUUCUCCGCCGUCCAAACCGCCUUCCGCAGGCCCAUACCGCACGUCGUUUGCCCUGCCGCGAGCAUCGACCACGAAUGGCGCGUUUCCUCAUGGCCAUGCCUCAAACGGUCAUGGCAGGCACCAAGCUCCCGCAAUGCGCCAAUCGUUCUCACUCCCCGUUCACUCAUCGCACUCUCGUGCUCGAUCAGUCUCUGGGCCAUUUACUCCCUCCUCCCCUUCUCCUCUCGCGGCGUCAUUCUCCAUCUCUCAAUCAGCGUCAUACCCGCCUACACAAGGCUCUGACGGCAACGGUCUAGUGCGUUUUCCAGAACACACGGGGCACUUGGACUCGGACCCUGUACCUAGCUCCCUGUCCAGGAAAGGUCCGUUUAGCUGGGGAGACGAUGUUUCACCUUUACCUGCACCGAACAUACAAUCACAUACCCGCAGACAUUCGCGUCUCCAUUCGCGCAAUCUCUCAAUAUUCUUUCCUCGGCCGGGCUCCCUUCCUUCCACGGCGAUAGAUGAGGACGGCAAUAAUGAAGUAGAAGCGGACGCAUCGUAUUUGGGAGACGAUGGAGUACUUAUUCCCUUGGUAACCUCACCUAGUCCUGAACAGCACACAUUCCGACAAGGCUUCACCUUCGGCGCGAAGCCGCCGCCGGACGCUGAUUCCAACGGCUUUACACCACUACCUCCCGCAGGACCUGCCCGACGAGGGCAUCACCAUAAGCACUCGCUCUCUCAUAACUUCUUCUCGUUCCUAGAGCCUGGUGGCGUGCCCGGAGAUCUACGGAGUCAGCCGACACCAACACCUCUCAGCCCCUGGAACCCGAUCUCGCCAUUUCCAUUCCAGACGAGCACAAGUAGCAGCUCGCUGGACCGUAUCUCGCCUGUGGAAGGCACGAACGGGAUUGGCCUGGGCGUCCACACGGCUGAGAAACCUCCCAUCGCACCCGUACACGCAGUGCCAGAGAUCGAUCUACUAGCCACGAUUGCUGCUGUCGGACAGUUUAUUCUGGGGGCAACCCUUUGGGUUGUCGGCCAGCAGAUUGGUUCAUUGUCCUGCACGGGACUAGGCUACUGGGUCGUGUUCGAUGCGUUCGGCGUUGGUCUUGCACAUGUGCUCCCUGGGUAUCUCGCGCGGGCAGAAACCCGAGCAGGAAUGCGGAGACCUUACGGGAAUGCGCGAAUCGAGACGCUCAUGACAUAUGCGCAAUCUGUAUACUUGCUUUUCGCGUCUGUGUAUGUGUGCAAGGAGACAUUGGAGCACCUGCUGCUUGCAUCCGGAGAGGGCCAUCAUCAUCAUCACGGUGACGAACUCUCUUCUGUUAUCGGGAUUGAGUUUCCACCAUUACUGCUAUCUAUCGCCUUAUUAUCGCUUAUCUGUACUGCUGUAAUGUUCAACAGCCAAGCAAAACUCGUUAGUGCUACCGGCAACUACGUCCCUCCUUUGUACAACCUACUGCCGUUCCGGCUGCGACUGAGCAUUUCAUCCAAAACCGCAUACCCUUCCCUUAUCGCAAACCUGCUGUCCAACCCGUACACCCUCGCGCCUAUCCUCUUCUGUUCGUCCAUCCUCUGCGCUCUUGCUAUACUUCCGCCUCGUAAACACGGAUCCUUCGACUUGCUGCUAGCAGGAGUCGAGACCGUGGUAACCUUCGCUCUGGCCUACCCUGCAGCGGUAGCGCUGGGUGCUGUCCUCUUGCAGACAGCCCCGUCGCGCGGCUUACCAGGGGGAAGAAUGGAGGCGUUUUUACGGGCGAUGCGGGAGAUCGAGCGACAUUCAAACGUCCUCCACCUCCCCGCACCACACUUCUGGCAGCUCACGCCGCACUUAUCGCGGCCUUCGUACAUUCCGUCGCUCGUAAAGUGGGACGGACCGGCUCAGUCUCUCGUCGUCACGCUCGAGCUGCACGUCCCACGCGAUCUCACGGACGACGACCUGCUAAAACUUACGGCUUGGGCGUCCGAGCGCUGCAAGACCGCGCUGCGCUAUGGCUCUCGCGAGGGCGGGGGUGAGGGCGAGGCGGACGUCACAAUUGGCGUAGUACGUGGCUGAUUCGUGGGGCGACCCACAAUCUUUACCUGGUGCAAUUUUCUACUUUUCGGGAGUCCAGAGGUAGAUUUAGUUGGAUUUCCGUUUCGUGAUUCCUUCGUUUCAUCCAUUUCGCAUUCACGGCACAUCAUCCUACAUACCUUAGUUUCCUUCACGUCAAUCACAUCGUACAGUAUUUCAAAACAAAGUAAUCAAUGGCAGGAUGCAGGAAGGAUGUACAGACGCGAGCAGCCUGACGAGACUAUUUUUUGCCGACACCUUUGCCCUUGGCCUUGCCCUUCCCAAAGGACUUGCCCUCAAAGCCGGGCCGGCCCUUGUCUUUUGACUUGACACCCUUAGCCUUGUCCUUCCUCCGUUCGUUGCGCGUAGCGAUAUUGUCCGUCCUUUUCUUCUGCUUCGCAGCCAUAGAUGCCGUAAGCUGCUCCUUCCGCUCGUCCCUGCAUACCCGGUGAGUGUUCCUUGAUCAUCACGCAAGACAAGACAGACAUACCAGGCCUUCUUACUCUUCUGCUUUUGCUUCUCCAUGCGCUUCGCCGCCUUCUUGAGCCGCGAUUCGUCGUCGUGCACCUUGAUACCUUCCAUACGGGCCUCCGCCUUCUCCCAUUUCUCCUUCUCUUGAAUUUCUUUCCGCUUUUCCUCGGGCACCUUCCCGAGCUUCUCCUUGCGUGCGGCGAGCUGGGAUAGUGCUUGCGUCGGGUUCGAGGAGGUCUUAACAUGCGUGUGAGACUUCUUGCUUGUGCCAGAGAUGGCAUAGCUGACAUUGGCGAAGCCGGAUGGUGGCUGCUUUGAGCUUGAUGCCGACGAUUGAUCAGGAACAAGCAGCUGCGUCUAAAGCAGUU